AAGGCCAACGCCGCUCCGCCGUUCGGAAGUCCGGGUGAUGGUUUUGAGGAGGAAAUAAAUCAACAAAUACUCGUCCAAAGGUACCAGUCGAAAAAUGGCAGACAAGGAUAGCGUGGAGAAGUACCUGGAGAACAACCCGCAGUUCGCCAAAGAGUACUUUGACAAGAAGGUGCGCGCCGAGGCGCUGACCGCAGCCUUCUCCGGGACCGUGGACGUGAAGGACACCGCUUCCUUCAAGGAUGUUAACGCCAUCCAGGAGGCCGCCAUCAUCUUCGAGCUGGUGCAGGAGCUGCAGAAGCCGGGGAACAUGGAGCAGUCCAUGCACAAAGUGCUGCAGAGGAUCGCGCUCAUCCUGCAGGCCGACAGGAUGGGCUUCUUCAUGUGCCGAGGCCGGAACGGGAUACCUGAGCUCGCCACCAGCCUCUUCGACGUGACCCCCACGUCCAAAUACGAAGCCAACCUCGUGCAUCCGCAGUCGGAGAUCGUCUUCCCUCUAGACAUCGGGAUCGUGGGUCACACCGCGACCACCAAAAAGCCGCAAAACGUACCGGACGUGACCAAGAAUCCAAAGUUCUCUGACUUUGUGGACAAACAGACUGGAUACUCGACCAAAUGCAUGCUCACUUUCCCUCUGGUUGCUGAAAAAGAGUGCCUUGGAGUCAUCAUGGCACUAAACAAAAUAGGAGCUGACGCUUUCACCCCAGAGGAUGAGAAGCUCUUCCACAAGUACAUGAACUUUGCCCAAGUCAUCAUGCUGCAGCACUACACGGCCUACAUGUUCAAUGUGGAGUCAAGGAGAAGUCAGGUGCUGCUCUGGUCGGCCAGUAAAGUAUUUGAGGAGUUGACAGACAUCGAGAGACAGUUCCACAAAGCGCUCUACACCGUAAGAAUCUACCUGAACUGUGAACGAUACUCAGUGGGCCUGCUGGACAUGACCAAGGAGAAGGAAUUUUAUGAUGAAUGGCCGGUGAAACUGGGAGAUGUGGAACCUUAUAAAGGACCGAAAACACCUGACGGCAGGGAAGUCAUCUUUUACAAGAUUAUUGACUACCUCCUGGAGGGCAAAGAAGAAAUUAAAGUCAUACCCGGUCCGCCUGCAGAUCACUGGGCUCUGGUCAGCGGGCUGCCUACCUACGUAGCAGAGAAUGGCUUUAUCUGCAACAUGAUGAACGUGGCUGCAGACGACUACUUCACUUUCCAGAAAGAGGCCGUGGAUGAGACGGGCUUUGUUAUCAAAAACGUCUUGUCGCUGCCGAUCGUCAACAAGAAGGAAGAAAUCGUCGGCAUCGCCACUUUCUUCAACAGGAAGGACGGCAAACCGUUUGAUGAGCACGACGAGCAGAUCACUGAGGCGCUGACACAGUUCCUGGGAUGGUCAGUGCUCAACUGCGAUACCUACGACAAGCUGAACCGCAUGGAGUGGAGAAAAGACAUCGCCCAGGAGAUGCUCAUGUACCAGUCCAGAUGCACCAAAGAUGAGCUGCAGUCCAUUCUGAACACCAAUGAGAAGUUUGGUUCGGAGCCUGAGGACUGUGACCAGAAAGAGAUGUACAAACUACUGAAAGCAACCUGCCCGCCAGCUAACGAUGUCCACGGAGAGGAUCUGUACCUGUUCUCCUUCAGUGAUUUCCCCGUUACGGAGUUCGAGCUCAUCAAAUGCGGCAUUCGCAUGUUCUUUGAGCUCGGAGUGGUUGAGAAGUUCAAAGUUCCUGCGGAGACGCUGACCAGGUGGAUGUACACCGUGAGGAAGGGCUACCGCGCCAUCACCUACCACAACUGGAGGCACGGGUUCAACGUCGGCCACACCAUGUUCUGCCUGCUGCAGACAGGGAGGCUGAGGAAGUACUACACCGAUCUAGAUGCCUUUGCCAUGGUGGCUGCAGCUUUCUGCCACGAUAUCGACCACAGAGGAACCAACAACCUCUACCAGACAAAGAGCGCGUCGCCUCUGGCUCGACUUCAUGGCUCCUCCAUCUUGGAGAGGCACCAUUUAGAGUACAGCAAGACGCUGAUGGCUGAGGAGAGCUUGAACAUUUUCUGCAACCUCCAGAAGCGUCAGUUUGAGAACGUGCAGCACUUGUUCGACGUCUGCAUCAUCGCCACUGAUCUCGCCCUUUACUUCAAAAAAAGAACCAUGUUCCAAAAUAUUGUGAAUGCCACAGAGCCGAUGGCAGAAGAAAAGGAGGCCAUUGCUUUCGUCUCCAACAACCCCACCAGGAAGGAAAUUAUCAUGGCCAUGAUGAUGACGGGUUGCGACUUGUCAGCUAUCACCAAACCCUGGGAGGUGCAGAGCAAGGUGGCUCUGAUGGUCGCAGCUGAAUUCUGGGAACAGGGUGAUUUGGAGAGAAGUGUUUUGGAUCAGCAACCAAUUCCCAUGAUGGACAGAAAUUGUGCCGAACAGCUACCCAAGAUGCAGUGUGGCUUCAUCGAUUUUGUGUGCUCAUUUGUAUACAAGGAGUUCUCCAGGUUCCACAAAGAGAUCCAGCCCAUGUUUGACGGUCUGAACAACAACAGGUCACACUGGAAUGAGCUGGCGCAGGUUUAUGAGGCGAAGAUGAAAGCUAUCGAGGAGGAGAAGAAAAAACUAGAAGAAGCGGAAGCCAAGAAAGCAUAUGGACAUUACACUUACUCUCCUUCAACUCAAUAG